AUGAAAACGAUUCUCCUCCGACUGAAGAAGCUCUUAGGCCCUUCCAGGUUGCAGCAAUCGCCUCUCUCGGUACCGAGGGCAAAGUGCACCAACGUCACAGCUGAUAAACCUCGUGCCGGUUUUGAUAAUUGGGUGGCAGGCCAUCCAAGAGACGAACAUGCAGAAGAUCCGAGUCACGAAUCACGGCUAGAAAGCCUACCUCCCGAGGUUCACCGCAUUUUGUUGUCUACGCUACCACUAAACGAGCUCCGUGCUUUGGUUUUGUCGUCUCCCACCAUCCACGAAAGGUAUCUGCUCGAUCGCAGGUAUUUGCUCUGCAGGUCCUUGGAGAACACCCUGGGCUCCGUCUCCGUCGAUGCCUACGCCGUUUUUCAGUCCAGCAGUGCCGAAUUUGCAAAGCCGCGUACUCGUGAGGUGAUCAGGGGUUCUCUGACACUUUAUCUGGACUGGCGAAAUGCCCCUCAACAGGCAAAACUCCCGAAAGAACUGACGGAGCAAGAAGCUAUAACCGGGGAAGAUGGAGGAUUGCAAAGUCAUGCGCCACUGAGUUGUACGGAGCAGACGCGCUUGAUGCGUGCUUUGUACCGUUUCCAAUUAUCUUGCAACCUCUUUGGCAGGGGUCACUUUGCGUCUACUCUACAGCCACCAUUGCGCUUCGAAGCCGUCGAUAUCCUGAGCAUGUUUCUUUGCUUAUUCGAACCGUGGGAGGCUGAGGAGAUCGGAUGCAUAAACAUGUUCGCAAAAGAGAAGUACGACCAGGUCUUCAUCGACAUACGCCGGGACGUACAUGAAGAAAACCCCAAGUUUGAUGGCCGGCGACCGCCUACUCCAGAAGGAGCCUUUGACUUUGACAACAGCUGGGUUAGGCAAGGGCUCUUACAAGGGACUAUCUCUCGUGGUCUGGAGUUACUGCACUCUCUUCUUCUGAAGCACAGGAACCAUGAUGAACUUGUAUCAUUCAUGCAGGAGGAGAUUUCGUGGUCCUUGGGCAACAUUCUCGACGACGCUUUUGGUGAGACCCCUCAAUUCCUACGGAGGCAUAGGAAGAUAUCACCUCGAGACAAGAAGCAAUUUCGGCGCGAACCUUUACCCUUCAUGGGCGAGAACGAUUCGCUUAGAUUACUACCCCCACUAGCCUGGACAGUGAUAUGGCAUGGAACCUACAGCAACUUGUUUGGACAUUAUGUCCAGGACGCUAUACGCCGCUGGGGUUAUGUCAUGUGGGAUGCGGUGCGAAUGGCGCGAACGAAUGCAAAGGAAGUGUUGAUGCGGCAAUGGAAGGCUUACUGGCGGCUUGGCGAUCCGAGAGAUCAUUUUCUGUAG